AUGAACUUCAUCGCCUUAUAUAAAUGCGUCGGAUUAGAUUUUCUUGUUGAUUCAAUAUUUUAUUGCCAAAUUGAAGAUAUGCUUCGCCGGUAUUUCAGAGGAGGACACGAUGGUGGAUCAUUUGUCGCAGUUCGGAGGAUUUCGCAAGGUCUUGAUAGAAGCAAUGCUUGUCAUACAACAGAUGAGGCUGUUGCAGGCUCAACAGCAUGGCUUGGCAGAAGCCUUUCAUGUGUUUGUGUUCAGAGAAAAGAAGGAGACUCUCGCCCUUCAUUUGAUUUGACACCUGCUGAGGAGGAUUGCUUACAAAGGCUGCAAAACCGUUUAGACAUAGCCUAUGAUAGUUCAAUUCCAGAACAUCAGGAAGCAUUAAAGGCAUUAUGGAAAGCUGCAUUUCCUGAAGAGGAACUCAAUGAUCUGAUUUCUGAGCAAUGGAAAGAAAUGGGCUGGCAAGGGAAAGAUCCUUCCACAGAUUUUCGGGGUGGUGGAUUCAUAUCACUGGAGAACUUACUAUAUUUUGCCAGAAAUUUCCAGAAAUCAUUUCAAGAUCUUCUUAGGAAGCAAGAAGGUGAUAGAGCCAUGUGGGAAUAUCCUUUUGCUGUAGCUGGAGUUAAUAUCACAUUCAUGCUUAUUCAGAUGCUUGAUCUUGAAGCAGUAAAACCACGGAGUUUUGUUGGAGCAACUUUUCUAAAGUUUCUUUCAGAAAACGAGUCAGCAUUUGACCUUUUGUAUUGCAUCACAUUCAAGCUAAUGGAUCAUCAAUGGCUUGCGAUGCACGCAUCUUACAUGGAUUUCAAUACUGUGAUGAAAUCAACACGCCGUCAACUAGAAAGAGAGCUUUUGCAAGAUAACGUGAACCGCAUUGAGGAACUUCCUUCCUACGGUCUUCUUACUCGAUAGAAUUAUCAGUUUUGUUUGAUUCAUGAAUUUUUACAAAAAAAAAUUAAUAUGAUGAUUACUAUUGAAAUUCGCAUUAUAACAAAGACAAAAGUUUAGUAAAUGAUAUUGUAUCUGUUAAAGCUAUGUUUGGCGCGCCACAGCUGCCUGAUAAGUUAAUUUUUUUUUUCGAG